CUCUACAACUUCUUGAAUGGCAAAUGUGGUAGAAUUGAGGGUUGGUUUACACUGUGAUCAAUGCAUCAAGAAGAUCUUAAAGACCAUCAAGAAAUUUGAAGACAUUGAAGCUUAUGAUAUCGAUACAAAACUGAACAAGGUGAUGGUUACGGGAAAUGUAACGAAUGAAGAAGUGAUCAGAGCUUUACAGAAGAUCGGUAAGCAAGCAAGCCAAUGGGAACAAGAUUCAGCAACGAACUACUAGCUAGUCGAGAUUGAUCUCUCCAUUUACUACUGUUGAUGCAAGUCUUUGUGUUAUUAGUAGAGAGAGCUUCAUGUUGAUCUUGUAACAAUUGAUUAUUUUUUGUCACAGUUUUUGAAUCGUAUAACCCGAGCAUGUAAUGUUAUCUGUUUAGGUUCAUCUGCAACAAAUGAUCAUAGUGUAUCAUCCCUGGCAAUGGCUUAAAGAAAUAUGCAAAUACAGGUUAUAAACUCUCUACAUGUCGAAAUUUAUGGUCGUUUUUGUUGUAGGUCUGA